UAGCCACUUGGUAGGAGAGAGGCACGUACCGGACAGUGGAUACUCGUACAGGCUACUGUGUAUAGGCCAACGCGCUCUGCUUCAGCAUUCUUAUGAAACGAACUUUCUCCAGAAACAUAAAUGCACCAAUAAAGAAAGGUGUGUCCUGUGAGGACCAGUUAGAGGUAUGGUGGGCGUGGUUGGCCCCGUAACCAUGGCGACGUCUCUGUGGGAGGUUGUGUCCCUUCCUCCCGUUGGUCUACUGCUGCUCCUCUGCCUGCCACUCUGUCUAUGCCAGCAGCCAUUGGUCAACUUUGAGAGCCUGUCCCCGCCCCUACCGGAGUGUACCAGGAAAGUUCAUCCCGUCGUCCCAUACAAAGCAUUGAGUCCCUGGAUGUCACGAUUCUCUCGUCCCGGAGUGAAGGACUUUUCCCAGCUGACCCUUGACCUGACCAGAAACCAGCUGAUUGUGGGAGCUAGAAAUCACCUCUUCAGACUGAGUCUCAGUAAUGCUUCUCUCUUACAGGCAGUAGAAUGGGGACCAGAUGAAGACACCAAGCGGUCAUGUCAGAGCAAAGGAAAGACAGAGGAUGAGUGUCAGAACUACAUCCGGGUCCUGCUCAUCACCGGGAGGCGGAUCUUUACCUGUGGAACCAACGCCUUUACCCCCGUCUGCACCACCCGGCAGAUAGGAAACAUCAGUCGGGUGAUGGACACGGUGAACGGGGUGGCGAGAUGCCCCUACGACCCGCGUCACAACUCCACUGCCAUGGUAACAGAGAAGGGCGAACUCUACGCCGCCACUGUCAUCGACUUCUCGGGUCGUGACCCCGUCAUCUACCGUAGCCUUGGUAACAUGCCGCCGCUGCGAACAGCCCAGUACAACUCCAAAUGGCUCAACGACCCUCACUUUAUCUCAGUCUAUGAGGUGGGUCUCUUCACCUAUUUCUUCCUGAGAGAGAACGCAGUCGAACACGACUGCGGUCGGGCCGUGUUCUCCCGGGUCGCCCGGGUCUGUAAGAACGACGUGGGCGGUCGCUUCCUAUUGGAGGACACUUGGACUACGUUCAUGAAGGCGCGGUUGAACUGCUCGCGGUCAGGAGAGAUCCCCUUCUACUAUAACGAGCUGCAGAGCACCUUCUAUCUGCCCGAACAGGACCUCAUCUACGGCAUCUUCACCACCAACGUCAACAGCAUCUCUGCGUCGGCUGUGUGUGCUUUCAACCUCAGCGCCAUCACCCAGGCUUUCAACGGACCGUUCCGUUACCAGGAGAACCCUCGUACAAGCUGGCUCUCCACCCCCAACCCCAUCCCCAACUUCCAGUGUGAUACCCUGGAGGAGCGUGGUCCAGGGGAGAACCAGACGGAGCGCAGCCUGCAGGACGCCCAGCGUCUCUUCCUCAUGUCUGACGUGGUGCAGCCCGUCUCCACCGACCCCCUCCUGUACCAGGACAACAUCCGCUUCUCGAAGCUGGUGGUGGACAUCGUGCAGGGCCGAGACACCCUCUACCAUGUCAUGUACAUCGGCACUGAAUACGGCACCAUCCUGAAGGCCCUCUCCACGACCAAUAAGAGCAUGCGGGGGUGUUACCUGGAAGAGAUGAGGCUCCUCCCCGAGGGUGAAAGCGAGCCAAUCAAGAGCCUUGAAAUCCUCCACAGCGAUAGGUCGUUGUUUGUGGGGCUUAGCGACAGGGUGCUGAAGAUCCCACUGGAGAGAUGCUCCAGCUACAAAACUGAACGGCACUGCCUGGACGCCCGAGACCCCUACUGUGGCUGGGACCGUAAGCAGAAGCGCUGCACCACCAUCGAGGACAGCUCCAACAUGAGCCAGUGGAGCCAGAAUAUCACUGAGUGCCCGGUAAGGAACCUGACCCAGGACGGCGGCUUCAGCCCCUGGGCGCCAUGGCAACCCUGUAACCACGACGACAGGGAGGGCGCCAGCACCAGUUGCGCGUGUCGCUCACGCUCUUGUAACAGUCCAGUCCCUCAGUGUGGAGGCUUCAACUGCAAGGGCCCCACCAUCCAGGUGGCCAACUGUUCCAGGAACGGAGGCUGGACCCCCUGGUCCUCCUGGGGUCAGUGCAGCACCAGCUGUGGCAUCGGGUACGAGGUGCGCCAGCGCUCCUGCAACAACCCCUCACCCCGGCAUGGGGGCCGUGUCUGUGUGGGACAAGGCCGAGACGAGAGGCUGUGCAAUGAGAAGAGCCCAUGUCCCCUGCCUGUGUUCUGGUCGUCUUGGGGCUCCUGGUCUCAGUGCAGUGCAGAGUGUGGAGGAGGGGUCCACUCCCGGGUCAGGAGCUGUGAGAAGGGGAACACCUGCCCAGGAUGUGCUCUGGAGUACAAGACCUGUAACCUGGAGGCGUGUCCGGAGGUCCGUCGCAACACCCCCUGGACCCCCUGGAUGCCGGUGAAUGUGACCCAGGACGGGGCCCGCCAGGAGCAGAGGACCCGCUACACCUGCAGGGCCCUCCUUCCAGACCCUCAUCAGCUGCAGCUGGGCAAGAAGAAGGUGGAGACCCGCGUCUGCCCCAACGACGGCACCGCCACCUGUGAGACUGAAGCUCUGGUUGAAGACUUGGUCAGGACCAGUGGAGGAGGCAGUAGUGGUCGACCUUUGCUCCGACAACCAGGUGGCACCAGGUGGUCGCCGUGGGAGACAUGGUCGACCUGCUCCCAGGAGUGUGCCAAAGGCUUCCGCACGCGCAAACGCACCUGUGCCUCAGCCGAGGGCAAGAGCAGCUCCAGUGGCUGUAGUGGAUCCCCAGUGGAGUACCAGGACUGCAACUCCCAGCCCUGCCCAGUGAAAGGAACCUGGUCGUGCUGGGCGUCAUGGUCUCACUGCUCUGCCACCUGUGGAGGUGGGCACUACCAGCGUACCCGUACCUGUAGCAACCCUGCCCCCGCCAACGGAGGUGACAUCUGCAUCGGCCUGCACACUGAAGAGGCCCUGUGCAACACACACACCUGUGAAGGUGGCUGGCUGGUGUGGUCAGAGUGGGGGGAGUGUGACGAGGAGGGGCUGCAGCAUCGCAGCAGGGAGUGUGGGGAACGGGAGGCAGACCCCAGCCUGUGUAAGGGCAAUGCCACCGCGAGCAGGACCUGCCAGCCCCCCGAGGUGCCAGUCGUACUGCCUGGACAGGAUAACGAUCAGCGCUGUGGGGCCUUCUCUCUGUUCCACCUGAUGGCCACGGGAGCGUUAUGUUUCUUUGCGGCGGUGGGGCUGUCGGUCCUGGUCUACGCCUACUGCCAACGACUCCACAAGCCCUCCCAGGAGUCAGCCGUCAUCCACCCCACCACGCCCAACCACCUCAGCUAUAAGGGCAACACGACGCCAAAGAACGAGAAGUACACCCCCAUGGAGUUCAAGACGCUGAACAAGAACAACCUUCUCCCAGACGAGAGCUGCAACUUCUUCCCCUCGUCCCUCUCGCCCCUCCCCUCCCUCCCCCAGAAUAACGUUUACACCACCACCUACUACCCUGCACCCCUGGGCAAAUACGACCACCCCUUCCACCCCGACUCACCUUGCAGGAACUAUAUGCACCACAGUUGAGACAGGACCCCCCCCCCCCUCCAACUCUCUUCUCUAUGGGAAGUUGGAAACACUCCUGCACCCCAGACCCUUCCCCAUUUCCUCUCCUCUCCUCAGUUGAGUGUGUACUCUGCUACAGUGAGGGGGAGCUGUGUUAACGACCGGGCAGACCCUUGAACUGGGUGUGUCCUCUCAAGGUCUGAACCAUGCACGUUCUUCUCAAUCAGCAGUGCGGACGGAGGUUGAACUGUCCAUGUCAACCAACAGGACAACACUUUCGUAUCAUUGUGACUGUUCAGUUGAUAUGACUGUUUUAUGACGUUGUUUUUCUACUCUACUGUGCAGUACAGCAACUCAUCUCAAGACGGGGAAGUAGACUGGACCAUGUGGAAUGCUGGGAGUUGGAGUCUUAUGAGGGAGCUGGGCUGUAGCAGCCUUAUGGUUCAGUAUGGAGAUUCACUACUUGUGGAAUCUGUUCUAAAACAACACUGUUAAAAGUCUCCUGUAAAACCCUACGGUAUCAGAUCAUCUAUAUCACAAAAACCCACAGACUUCACAUUUGAUCUGAGGAGAAUAUAAGACAUUGUGGCUGGUUUGUAUUCGAUAUAGACAGCAAAGUCAACCGUUCCCAAAGGAUACCGUACCGGAAUAUGCUGACCAAGACACCUUCCAGCUCUAAAAACCUACUGUAUGAUGGUGAAAAUGCAGAGCUCAAUGACACUGACAGUAUGGGAACGUUUGUCAUCUCCUGCUCACCAACCUGUCUGUUUGGACACACUGCAUCAGAAUAGCCUCAUGGUCAGGUGCUCCCGCAGUGUGGACUAACAGAGAGGGAAAGAGAGUGAGGGGCUGGUACUGCUUUCAUCUGAGUAGCCCAAGGACUCCUGGGUACUUCCCAAAUGGCACCAUAUUCCCUAUAUAGUGCACUACUUUUGACUAAAGCCCAAUGGGCCCUGGUUGAAAGGAGUGCACUAUUUAGGGAAUAGGGAGCCAAAUGGGACGUGUCAAUGGCCUCUGAAGGGGUUUAUAAUCCUGUAACUACAUGCAUCGACACCCAAAAAUGACAAUGGCGGCGAUUCAGAGUCGACGUAAAAAGGAGCCAUUUUGAGAAAAAAUAUGUAUUUUGAACAACCCAGAUACUCAGCUAAGACUCAGCAAUACUGUCUCACCACCCUCACCCCUUCAAAUGGAUAGCUGUCUCACCCCCCUCACCCCUUCAAAUGGAUAGCUGUCUCACCACCCUCACCCCUUCAAAUGGAUAGCUGUCUCACCACCCUCAUCCCUUCAAAUGGAUAGCUGUCUCACCACCCUCAUCCCUUCAAAUGGAUAGCUGUCUCACCACCAUCAUCCCUUCAAAUGGAUAGCUGUCUCACCACCCUCAUCCCUUCAAAUGGAUAGCUGUCUCACCACCCUCAUCCCUUCAAAUGGAUAGCUGUCUCACCACCCUCAUCCCUUCAAAUGGAUAACUGUCUCACCACCCUCAUCCCUUCAAAUGGAUAACUGUCUCACCACCCUCACCCCUUCAAAUGGAUAGCUGUCUUACCACCCUCACCCCUUCAAAUGGAUAGCUGUCUCACCACCCUCAUCCCUUCAAAUGGAUAGCUGUCUCACCACCCUCAUCCCUUCAAAUGGAUAGCUGUCUCACCACCCUCAUAUGGAUAGCUGUCUCACCACCCUCAUCCAUUUACAUUACAUUUACAUUUAAGUCAUUUAGCAGACGCUCUUAUCCAUCCCUUCAUAUGGAUAGCUGUCUCACCACCCUCAUCCCUUCAUAUGGAUAGCUGUCUCACCACCCUCAUCCCUUCAAAUGGAUAGCUGUCUCACCACCCUCAUCCCUUCAAAUGGAUAGCUGUCUCACCACCCUCAUCCCUUCAAAUGGAUAGCUGUCUCACCACCAUCAUCCCUUCAAAUGGAUAGCUGUCUCACCACCCUCACCCCUUCAAAUGGAUAGCUGUCUCACCACCCUCAUCCCUUCAAAUGGAUAACUGUCUCACCACCCUCAUCCCUUCAAAUGGAUAGCUGUCUCACCACCCUCAUCCCUUCAAAUAGAUAGCUGUCUCACCACCCUCAACCCUUCAAAUGGAUAGCUGUCUCACCACCAUCAUUCCUUCAAAUGGAUAGCUGUCUCACCACCCUCACCCCUUCAAAUGGAUAGCUGUCUUACCACUCUCACCCCUUCAAAUGGAUAGCUGUCUCACCACCAUCAUCCCUUCAAAUGGAUAGCUGUCUCACCACCCUCAUCUCUUCAUAUGGAUAGCUGUCUCACCACCCUCAUCCAUUUACAUUACAUUUACAUUUAAGUCAUUUAGCAGACGCUCUUAUCCAUCCCUUCAUAUGGAUAGCUGUCUCACCACCCUCAUCCCUUCAUAUGGAUAGCUGUCUCACCACCCUCAUCCCUUCAAAUGGAUAGCUGUCUCACCACCCUCAUCCCUUCAAAUGGAUAGCUGUCUCACCACCCUCAUCCCUUCAAAUGGAUAGCUGUCUCACCACCAUCAUCCCUUCAAAUGGAUAGCUGUCUCACCACCCUCAUCCCUUCAAAUGGAUAGCUGUCUCACCACCCUCAUCCCUUCAAAUGGAUAGCUGUCUCACCACCCUCAUCCCUUCAAAUGGAUAAAUGGAUGCAUCCAAUUGGAAAUGUCUAUGGAUAAGUCGCUCUGGAUAAGAGCGUCUGCUAAAUGACUUAAAUCUAAAUGUAAAUGUAAAUGUGGGAAAUGAUCUGUAUACCAAACCUUGACGUGAAGCAUGAUGAAUACAGUUGGUUUGUAAGGGCACUGUUUCAUCAUCAUGCCGAAGGGAAAUGUUUGUCAUGUUGCUAUGAAGAAAUGUGUAUUGAAUGGUGGCAGAUAAGGUCAUCACCUGGAUUACAAUACUGGAUCACUCAGCACCUCCUCCACUGGAUCACAAUACUGGAUCAUUCAGCACCUCCUUCACUGGAUCACAAUACUGGAUCAUUCAGCACCUCCUCCACUAGAUCACAAUACUGGAUCAUUCAGCACCUCCUCUACUGGAUCACAAUACUGGAUCACUCAGCACCUCCUCCACUGGAUCACUCAGCACCUCCUCCACUAGAUCACAAUACUGGAUCAUUCAGCACCUCCUCCACUGGAUCACAAUACUGGAUCAUUCAGCACCUCCUCCACUGGAUCACUCAGCACCUCCUCCACUAGAUCACAAUACUGGAUCACUCAGCACCUCCUCCACUGGAUCACAAUACUGGAUCAUUCAGCACCUCCUCCACUGGAUCACAAUACUGGAUCACUCAGCACUGCUUCCACUGGAUCACUCAGCACCUCCUCCACUGGAUCACAAUACUGGAUCACUCAGCACCUCCUCCACUGGAUCACAAUACUGGAUCACUCAGCACCUCCUCCACUGGAUCACAAUACUGGAUCAUUCAGCACCUCCUCCACUGGAUCACAAUACUGGAUCACUCAGCACCUCCUCCACUAGAUCACAAUACUGGAUCACUCAGCACCUCCUCCACUGGAUCACAAUACUGGAUCACUCAGCACCUCCUCCACUGGAUCACAAUACUGGAUCACUCAGCACCUCCUCCACUAGAUCACAAUACUGGAUCAUUCAGCACCUCCUCCACUGGAUCACAAUACUGGAUCACUCAGCACUGCUUCCACUGGAUCACAAUACUGGAUCACUCAGCACUGCUUCCACUGGAUCACAAUACUGGAUCACAUUACUGGAUCACGCAGCACUGCUUCCACUGGAUCACAUUAUUGGAUCCCAUUACUGGAUCACUCAGCACUGCUUCCACUGGAUCACAUUACUGGAUCCCAUUACUGGAUCACUCAGCACUGCUUCCACUGGAUCACAUUACUGGAUCCCAUUACUGGAUCCAAAUACUGGACCCCAAUACUGGAUCCCAUUACUGGAUCACAAUACUGGAUCAUGUUAUGGUAAUCAUCUGCAGAAGAAGAUAGUAACACCAGCCAUACUGUGUGUGUGUGUGUCUUGCUGGGCCAUUCAUUGUUGUAUAUGUUACUGUGAGUGUGGAGAGUGUGAUGUGAGUGUGGAGAGUGUGAUCAAUGUGAUGGUAUUAGAGUAGUGAUGAUCAACUCCUAUCUCUUCUAGUCAUUCAAGUUGUUCAUGUUACAGAUCUGAGCCCCAUAUAAGCUGAUGAUAGGCCAUCUUCACCUAAAUGAUACUGAGCUGAUGGUAGUCCAUCUUCACCUAAAUGAUACUGAGCUGAUGAUAGGACAUCUUCACCUAAAGGAUGCUGAGCUGAUGGUAGGACAUCUUCACCUAAAUGAUACUGAGCUGAUGGUAGGACAUCUUCACCUAAAUGAUACUGAGCUGAUGAUAGGACAUCUUCACCUAAAUGAUACUGAGCUGAUGGUAGGACAUCUUCACCUAAAUGAUAAUGAGUCUGGAAGUUUACUGUGAAGGUUCUCAAACUAUUCAUUCUCCAUUCGAUGAAUGUUAAGUCAUGUUUUCUUAAACAGCAAAUCUUAAUUUGUUCAUAGAUGCUGUUCCAUGCUAAAGGCAAUGAAACCUAAAGUCAGUAUGGUUUGUAAAAUGUAUAUUGUAUAGCUUUUCUGUGUUUUUAAAGCCUUCUAGUUGUAAAAAUGCAUAUGUUUUGUAAAUAUCAAGAAGGAGAUGGAGGUUUGUACCUGUCAGUAACCGAGGUUUGAGUUGUUCUCCAUCCUGGAUUUGAUGUGAGUGCCAGUCUGUUUGUGCUGUCAUGCCAACCCCUCAUCACUCAUUGUCACAUGGCUUGACAAUGACCAAUGGGGUUGGCAGGAGCACAAACAGAUCAGGGACAAGGCUAGAUGUUAUGUAGCAUAAUGUUCAUCCCUGUAAUGUAGUAAUGACAGAUCUGAGACCAGGUUAGAUGUUAUGUAACAUAAUCUGCAGCAAUGUAAUGUAGUAAUGACAGAUCUGGGACCAGGCUAGAUGUUAUGUAGAUUAAUGUUCAGCCCUGUAAUGUAGCCACACAUAGGUUUAGCUGCCAUGGUAUCUGUUACCCUCAAAUCUCAAGAUACAACCCUCUUCAUGUAUUUCAAUGAGUUUAAGUGUGUGUCUGUGUGUGUCUGUCUGUGAGAGAGUGUGUUAAAAAGAAGAAAAAAAGAAAUUACUGUACAUUCAUCGUUGUGGACACUCACAGGACACAUUCACUUCGUUUUGUCAUCGUGAUUGGACAUGCUGCUGUUGCAUGUUGGAAAAACACCAAUCGGAGGGCUCUGCACCCUUCUACGCAAUCAACCAGGUGGUACUGUCAGCUGGGUAUUGUAGUCCUGCUCACAAGUUAUUGCUCUUUUCCAGAACUACAAACAUUUGUAGGAUUUGUGAAUUGAGACUUUUUAAUCACUGCCUUUUAGACACUGUGAAUUUUUUGGUACUCUAUAUUUUUGUAUAUUGUACAUUAAAUAAAAAUUAACUUUGGUGCCAAA